AUGCUUGCCACUCCACGCAAUGGACCCUCCACCUGCUGUGACAAUAUCAAGGACAAGACCACUGCCCCGGCCAAAGGUGUGGCACUACAGGCAUCGCCACUUUCUCACACUCUGUCUUCGCAGUUCGCCUCUGCCGUUAGCACGUUUGCCUUCUAUCCAUUCGACACGCUUAGAAUCCGCUUCAUGUCACAGGACGGCACUGUGCAUCGACAGCACAACGGACAGACGUACCACUCAAUUAGAAGAGCCCUGUCGACCAUUUACCGCGAAGAGGGAAUGCGGGCUCUGUUUCAUGGUUGUCACGUGGCAGUACUUGGCGCCAUCAUGUCGUGGGGUAUGUACAUGUAUCUUUAUCGCUCUCUGUGUAGUGUUUCAGAGGUGUCGUCAUAUCUGGGCCGUGCUGGUAUGUCCUUCGUGGCGAGCUUCAUUUCUACUUUCAUAUCGUCGCCAAUUUGGCUGAUCAAGUCGCGCAUGCAAAUUGAAGAGUCAACCAAGAUAAAUAAUUACGUCACGUUUCGCGGGGGUGUGUGCCAUGUGCUGCGAACAACGGGUUUCCGCUCGCUCUGGCGUGGGAUAUCACUUCAGUUGACACUUAUGAUUCCCAAUGCGCUCAACGUCCCUACGUACGAUUUCCUGAAGGGGAUGAUGUUGCGGGCUCACCUCUGUCAGUCGUCAGGGGACAGCGAGUUGAGUGUUCUCGGGUCGUCGGUGUGUUCGACGCUGACAAAGAUGUUGCUAGUGCUACUGUCGCACCCCAUUACAAUGCUGAAGGUGCGGCUGCAGGACCAACGUUCUGACAUCAAUGAUGUGAAGUACACUAGCGUGCGACGCUCGGUGCUUCUUGUCCUGCGACGCGAGGGGCCGUGCGGUAUGCUGCGGGGGCUGGGCACCUCACUGGUGCACUCGCUCCCACGCACCGUCACCUACUUCGUGUUGUACGAAAAACUUUUGGGGUUAACUUGUCGCUACGUUUAA